AUGUCAGAAUUUGCACCUAUUUGUAUCUAUUUAGUGAUCAGUCCGCUAGUUUCUUUGAUGCUCCAACAAGACGGUGGAAUGUUUCAGAAAACCCAGAAGGAUUGGAGUAGUUUGUAACAUCUUUCUAAGAACUUAGGAAACCAUUAGCACAUCCUUCUGGUGCAUCUCCUCCAAAUCAUUACAUAAAUACGGCCUUGGUAUAAAUCAAGAUCUUAUUGAAUGCUAACCCUGAUCAAGCGUCCAAUCCUAGUGCACCUGAGAAAAAUUAGUUCUCUGUUUUUUUUAGCAACAAUGGCAGUAGAAGGGAAAUUUAUUCACAGAGAAAAAGUCUACUCCGUGAUGAUCAGUGAAAAUGUGGAGGACUUUUUCCACAUCCCAUUUGGCUAAUCAACGAUGGUCAACGCAUCACCAUCAAGCCAGAGGUUUUCGUUUGAAAGUGAUCAUCAGUACAGGACUGUCACUGAACAUCUUGGUCUAAUUUUAGCGGUCUCAUUGCUAUAAUCUUAGACAGUUUUUUUUUUUUUUUUUUUGCAUAAUUUUUUUGGGUUCUGGGUGAAGAUGCCGCGGCGCUCCUUGGAAUUGAGCCUGAUUUUGCGCAGAUGUCACCAUGAGACGAUGAUUGUUUUCAAAGAGAAAGGGAAACCGAAGAGAAGGGAUACGAAUAAUCUCGAUGAUCUCGCGAGAGCACUGAACGAAUGUAGGGGUUGAAUACCUGCCAACUAUGCCGUUGACCAUCACCACCAGAUGCUCGGGGAAUUCUUCCGGCUGAGAAGAGGCCGUUGGCGAACCCCAAAUCUCCACUCCAUCAUCAAGGUGCUCCAUCUGCAGCUUCUGGGCCUUCGUUACCGAAUCUCUAAAGGAUCCCAUCAGCCGCACGAAGACGGCCUUCCCGCCGGCGCGACCACCCUCCGACAUCAACCCCAGAACAAAACUCGACUUCCCCCGAGACAAUCUGCAGCCCAUUCCUCUCCAACCGUGAUGAACCCGGCAAUGGCCGCCGAUCGCAAACCCCCAACGCACCGUACUCACCGGCGUCACCGCGGUCACCAUGGCUGAAUUAUAGAGGGUGAUGGCAGCCAGCGACUCCGCCGGUUGACCCGAAAACCAACGAACCAGAUAGCCAAGCCCGGAGGAAGAGAGAAGGAAGGAAUUCGCCACAAACUAGCCCGACCCAGAGCCGCCGCGGAGAUCCUACUGAAAAGACGGCAGAUAAACAGGCAGAAAGUUAGAGAGAUCCCCCCCCCCCCUCCUCCUCCUCCUCUUCUUCUCUCUCUCUCCCUCCCCGUCACUUUCGCUUUGA